AAUGAUUAAUAAUUAUUCCUUGACCCAGAAUUCUCAGUCUCUAAAAUCGACUACUGAACCUCCGAAGAACCGGGUUCGGGGAGAAAAGCGAGGCGCCAAGUUACCCAAACCUUCGCACCUGGGUCUUCACUGGGAAGAGAAGCCCUGCAGGGACAGACCGGAAAAUCAAGCUGCACCCGGGCGGGAGCCCGGAGCCACUCCGGACGCCGCCCCGUCUACUUCAAGUCCUCGCGGGUCGCUGACAGCCCAGACGCCUCACCUCCGGCUCCCUCACCCCUUCUGCCCAGGAAUAAAGCCAGCCUCUCCGCCUCAGGACCGUAGAGCAGUCAAAACCCGCCAGUCCGCCCCGCUGGGACGACGCGGGCCCGCGCAUGCAAAUAAACACACCCGGAACCCCUCCAGGCGGCCGUCGCCGCGCGCGCUUCGGCUCCAGCUAGUGCCCGCGCGCGCACAAAAAAGCACCUCCGCCGCACCAACUGGGGCGCGCCGCGCUCCAACGAAGGGCGGACCGUGGCGUCGGCGCGCUCGACGUGGCGCGCGCUGCCCCGCCCCGCCCCGCCCCGCCCCCCCCCCCCGCGUCCCGGCGGCUUGCAGACGCCCGGGAGCUACGGUUUCCUUGGUUUUGCAGCGUUAA